AUGCCUCCGCUUCAAAAAGCCGCGGAAAUCUCCGACAGAUCCAAUGAUGAUUACAUUGCUCAAUUAUUGACCCAAGAUGCUCGCUCUGCCCCUAAGCCCAACACACGAUUCUUACAGCAUAUUCUAAGGGAAACAGAUACACAUAAUGCGAACCUAAAGCGAAAAGAGGAGUAUGAAGCCAGAGAAAAGCACAGAAAACUUCAAAGAGAGCGGAAGUUUUCUAGGGAGAGUAAACAUGAUACGCGAGAGAGGGAGUCUAAGAGAAGAAGAGUUGAGUCAUCUGAAGAUAAGGAACGAGACCGCAGGAAAAGGCGUUCAAAUCGUUCUAGGGACUAUAGUUCCGAACGUGAGGAGUCUGCGUCGACAAGUAUAAAUCACUCUACAGAAAGAAACAGGAAGCAUAACUCAGAUCCAAGGCUGCGACAAGAGUCCCACAGGCACCGUCAUCAUCGCAGGCAUGAGUACGACGAUAAAUACGAGAGGUAUGACAAAAGAGGCAAAUCCAAGCACUCUUCAGAUAGCCGUCGAUCGUACGAGCACAAGUCCUCAAGUAAAAGACGUUCUGAUCGUCAAAAUCACGAUAACAAAACGGUCAAGAAAGACGCACCCAAGUCUGCAAACUCACUAGAUCGACAAAUAGCUCAUGAUUCGGAUGAUAGCGACGUGCAUACAACUCGAUCUAUCGAUUCUGAUCCGUUAAGCAGUUUGAUAGGACCCCAACCCCCUUCGAAGGCGGACGCACGGGAUCCGCCAACCAUCCCGCGUGGUCGUGGCGCCUACAAGGUUAACACAAGUAACAUAGAUUCCCACUUUGCAGAAGAGUAUGAUCCGAGUACAGAUAUCUUGCCCGGCGAAGACAACCUAAACUCUGGAAAAAAUUCCCGCCGUCCCGUCGCAGGCUUGGCAACUGAAGAUGACGAUUGGGAUAUGGCUUUGGAAGCUCUCAGGGACCGAGUGGCGUGGAAGCAGAGAGGCGCCGAACGUUUGCGAGAGGCAGGGUUUGGAGAUAACGUCGUUGAAAGGUGGGAAAAUACGAAGGCCUUCGCUGGGUUGGAUAACUGUGGGGGUGAUGGCGAUAUGGCUGAUGUUAAAUGGGCAAAGAAGGGUGAGGGUAGGGAGUGGGAUCGGGGUAAGGUUGUUGAUGAAGGUGGAGAUAUCAGUAUUAAACCCAUGUGGUGA